AUGGAUAAAUGGCUUAAAAAAGUUGUGCCUGACACUCAAUCUACUCAAUUGAUUAUAAAAGUAAUAGAAAACAUUGAUGAACCGAAACCUUUGUUGAGUUUGAUUACUGCUGAUUCAAAGUACAAAAAUUGGCUUACUACCAAAAUGAACAUAAAACAAAAAGAAAUAGCUUAUUGUAGUGUUUGCAGUUCUUUUUUGAGUCCUCACCUUACUGAAAUUAAGAGACACGGACAAUCCGCCAAACAUAUUGUAAAUUCUAAUCAAGUGGUGCUACAAAAUUCUGUUAAUAAAAUUUUUAAAAUAUCAUCAUUGACCGAAAAAACUAGAAUUGCUGAAUUGAAACUUACUGCCCUUUUUGCUAAAAAUAAUUUACCCUUUUCUUUGUCUGACACACUUACCCCUCUACUGAGUACAAUAUUUUCUGAUUCUAAAAUUGCCAUAAAAUUGACUCUAAAGAGAACUAAAGCAACGGCAGUUAUGAAAAAUGUUUUAGGAAAUAAUUUUUUAAAUGAGCUGUGUGAUAAACUUAAACAACCUGGUACUUUUUACUCACUAAUAAUGGAUGAAACUAUAGAUAUUUCUGAAGUCAAACAGUGUGCGGUUGUCAUAAUAUAUUUUCAUACAAAAACUAUGACUGUAAAAACUCAAUUCUUGGAUAUGGUUGAAACAUUUUCAAGAACAGCCGACGAUCUAACGGACACUCUUUUGAAGUGUGCUUCAGAUAAAGAUUUAGAGAAAAAUAUGAUGGUUGGAUUUUCUUCAGACACAACUAAUGCCAUGGCCGGACAAUUUCACUCUGUUUUUACAAACUUGAAAAGUGCUGUUCCAGGUAUUGCUUGUAUUAAGUGUUCUUGUCACAUGAUUCAUCUUUCUGCAUCCAAGGCUUGUCUAAAACUACCACGUUCAAUUGAAGAUUUAUUGCGCAAUGUGGGAUCUCAUUUUAGUAGGAGUCAUUCACGUCAAACCAAAUACAAAGCCUUUUAG